AUGAAUACCAGAAACAAAAUCCUCGCAAUUGCUCUAGCGGCGGAUCUCAAUGAAGAUCCCGCUGUCAGGAGAAGGUAUAAAAGUGUGUGGGUGCACGACAUCAAUCGUGGUAGGAAGCAGUUUGGGGAGUAUCACCGGCUCGUCCAAGAGUUGCGACUGGACGAUGCCCGGUUCAAAGCGUACUUCAGACUAAACAAGCAGCAGUUUGAAGAGGUACUCCAGAAGAUCGGGCCAAACAUCACCAAAAUGCAGACCAACUACAGGGAGACCAUCAGCCCUGCGGAACGGCUCUGCAUUUGUCUGAGGUACCUGUCAACUGGAGACUCCUUCCGCUCCAUCGCCUUCAGCUACAGAGUGGGGUUCUGCACUGUAGCGAGGAUUGUGCAGAGUGUGUGUGAGGCCAUAUGGGAGUGUAUGGUCUCCGACUACAUGCCCGUACCAGGGGCUGAAGCCUGGAGGAAGAUUGCAGGGGACUACGAGAGGCUCUGGGCAUUCCCCAACUGCCUUGGUGCCAUGGACGGGAAGCAUGUGGUGAUCCAAGCCCCACCAUCUAGCGGAAGCCAGUACUUCAACUAUAAGGGGGCAUUCUCUAUUGUGCUUCUGGCGGUGGUGGAUGCCCACUACCGGUUCACGGUGGUGGACGUGGGUGCAUAUGGCAGGAGCAGCGAUGGAGGCACGCUGGCUUCCUCAGCCUUUGGCACUGCUCUGCGGCUUGGGAACCUUGACCUCCCCGAGGAUCGACCUCUGCCUGGAGCAGACCAUCUGGGACCCCAGCCGCACGUCUUCCUCGCAGAUGAGGCGUUUCCUCUUCGGAGGAACCUCUUGAGGCCCUACCCUGGCCAACAUCUGGGGAGAGAGAGGAGGAUCUUUAACUAUCGGCUAUCCCAUGCGAGACGGAUGGUGGAGUGCUCCUUUGGAAUUCUUGCCACCCAGUGGAGGCUCUACAGGAGGGUUCUUGGAGUGUCCCCAGAGGUUGCGGAGUCCGUAGUGAAGGCCACCUGUAUCCUCCACAACUUCCUGCGCUGGGAUUGUGACGGAGAAGAUGUCCCCUGCACUACAACCAUGCCAGCAGAGUCACAGGGUGCAGUGCAGAGCAUCCCCAGGGUCGGCAGCAACAACGCCUCCAGAGAAGCUGCUGCAGUGAGAGAGACCUUCACCAGCUACUUCUCCUCUCCAGAUGGUCAAGUGCCUUGGCAGGACAGCAUCCUCUAA